AUGGUCUUGUUGCUGUAUAGCACUUCUCUUCUUACUUUCUGGCUACUAUUGGCCGCAGCAUCAGCCGCUCCAGCUUCUCGAAGCUCGCCGCAAGUACCACCAGUCGUAAAGAUCAAAAAUGGCACUAUACAAGGCCAUCACAACCCUCAUUACGACCAAGACUUUUUUCUAGGCAUACCGUUUGCCUCACCGCCGGUUGCGAACCUCCGAUUCAAGUUGCCUGCUCCAGCAAAAGGCUGGAAUGGGACAAGAGUGGCUGAUUCGUAUGGGCUGUGGUGCAUGGGGAAUUCAGUGGGAUUGGUGGGCUUUAGUCAGAACAGUCUGGCAACAGAGUCGGAAGACUGUCUUUAUCUCAAUAUUGUGCGCCCUGCAGGUCUACCAUCGAAUACGUCUCUUCCCGUCCUCGUCUGGUUUCAUGGUGGCGGAUUUGAGGAAGGUAGUGCCGCCGAUCAGAGAUACAACGGAUCCUUCCCCGUCAAGACUGCUGUUGGUAUGGGCUCCCCAAUCAUUUUUGUCAGCUUCAACUAUCGUCUCGGCGUUUGGGGCUCGAUAUCUGGCCCGCCAAUCGAGGAAGCUGGCCUCGCAAAUAUUUUCAUGCAUGACCAGCGUCAGGCUUUGGCUUGGGUACAGGAAAAUAUUGCCCAUUUCGGUGGAGACCCUUCAAAGGUCACUGUUAUGGGAGAGUCUGCUGGAUCUAUAUCUAUCGGAUAUCAACUUCUUGCAUACGGCGGACGUGAUGACGGCCUUUUCCGUGCAGCCAUCGCUGAAAGCGGAGGUCCCCUCUACAUGGGAGCGCCGCUCCGCAACGCCAGUCAACGGGCAACCGAUUUCGAGUUGGUUCUCAAUACUACCGGCUGUAGUUGCGCUGCGGAUGCGUUGGGGUGUUUGCGUCAGGCUCCAACGGCUUCGAUCAAUCAAGCGAGCAAUAUCGUGCCUUUUUAUCCUACGGUUGAUGGUGAUUUCUUACCGCAUCACAGCAUGGCCCUCCUACAGCAGAACCGAUUUCUAAAAGUCCCAUUGCUGACUGGAUCUAAUCGGAAUGAGGGUGCUACCUUUACGCAACUACGAAUGACAAAACCUUUCGACACAGAUGACGACUUUGCACAGUUUGUAAGAGCGUGCCUGCAAGGUUGGUCUAUCGACAACUCUACAAUCCAAAAUUGGGCGAGGCUGUACCAAGAGGAGGUGGACACACCUUCCGUCGCCGGCCUAGGGACAGUCUCUCCGAAUCCAGGGCCAAGUUUCGGGUCUGGAUACGGUAAGGCGACUCUAUGGCUAGGUGACAUGAUGUUCUCUGCGGGUCGGCGCCUUGCUAAUCAGAAAUGGGCCGAAAACAACAUCGCGACAUAUGGAUAUUUUUUCGACACGGUAACUAACAAUGUUGAUGCCUCAACCUCGGGGGCGGCUCAUUUUCAAGAGAUUCCAUAUGUAUUUGGGAAUACUCAAGGAGUUGGGUGGCAUUUGAAUCCAUUCCCAGAAGAUCCGAUUCUACGAAAGAAACACGAAAAGCUUGCUACAGUCAUGAGUCGUAUGUGGAUUAGUUUUGUGGUGACAGGGUCACCGAACUUUCACAAAGGUAAAGUCCUCAGAAAGCGAUCUGAGCCUUGA